AUGUCGUAUCAACAGCAGCAGUGUAAGCAGCCCUGUCAGCCACCUCCUGUGUGCCCCACACCAAAGUGCCCAGAGCCAUGUCCACGCCCAAAGUGUCCUGAGCCCUGCCCACCACCAAGGCGUCCAGAGCCCUGCCCACCUCAGCAGUGCCAGCAGAAAUGUCCUCCUGUGCCACCUUCCCCACCCUGCCAGCCACAGUGUCCACCCAAGAGCAAGUAACAGCUUCAGGAUUCAUCAGGCCCAUGAAAGGAUGAGGAUAAUUGGCUCACCUCGUUCUGUAGCCCCACCUGCAUCUUCUCAUCAAAGCCUACCAUGGAUACACAGGGAGCUUCUUUCCCCUUUGCCUGUGAUCUGCUGGUUAUGAUCCCUGACAGCAAA